AACCAUCGCGAAUUCUGGCAGCACGCUGGUACGGAGAGAAACCGUGGAACCAGGAGCAACCGACUCUGAAUCAACUGCUCGCUACUCACGGGAAAGGAACCACGAGGAGCUUGCGCUUGUCGCGAAUGGUACAUGUUUGCCUUGACGUGGCAGCAGAUAUUGCCACGUGGAUUCAGAUGCGCUUAUCCGCGUAUACUCGCAGCAGAAUUCGCAUAUGAAGGAUCAGAGUGUUCGUUCCGCGGCAAUGAAAAGCGACGUGACUGUAGCGAACGGGGAGCAAGCAGACGAAUUCGAGAGGUUCCAUCCGGGAAGGCGGAAGGUGUUCUUGUACCCGUUAGAGAGACGGAGUGGAUCAGACGAGGAAACUCUCGUUACAGUCACCGUUUUGGAUGCUCCCGAUGGCGAAGGUGAUUCAAACGAGGGCGAAGGCGAUUUAAGCGAGGGUGUCAGGAAUCCACCUCAGUAUGCUCACUUGUUCGCAGCCAUGCUCGUGCCACGUGGCAGCGAGAGAGACUGGGUGUACACGUCAGCAGGCGGGCAGUGGCAGCUCCUCCGCAGUGCCAAUACAAGACGACUCGUUAUAAUCACGAGAAGGAAUCGCACCAGUCCGAUUCAGCAACUCUUUCAUGCAAAACCAUUUCAUUCUCUUAAGCGUAGUACUUACUCUCCUCGCCAACGCAGAUUCUCCGCUUCCUCUUCAGCGGCGGCUAUGGCUGCUGGUUCUAGGUUCAGGCCCCUCUUUCGGCGAUGCUUCCAGAGGCGAAUGCUGCAGAAUCUGAAGCCAGAAAGGGAGGAGGCAGUUCGGAAUAAGGAAGAGAAGAAGCGGAGGAGAAUGACCCGCAGGAUUAGCGGGAGCAGCGUUAGCAGGUUACAGCAGAGGUCUGUUGGUGCGUGGGUCGGCCAGGGAGGAAGCAAGUGGGAACUGUUGGCAGCGCGUGAGGGGGUUGAAAGCUGCAGAAGCAGCAGGGAGUAUGGUGGUGGUGGUGGUGGUGGUGGUGGUGGUGGUGGUGGUGGUGGUGCUGCUGCUGCUGCUGCUGCUGCUGUUGCUGCUAGUGGUGGCGGUGGCAGCAGCUGCUGGGACGGCAGCAGCGGACACGAGGCAAGGCCAGCAGGCCACACGGUAUUCAUGAGAAGGUUUUCUUCCAAGGGAAGCAAAGCUGCUGGUACCUGUGCUUCGCAUGCCUGUGCUGCUGAUGCCUGUGCUGCUGAUUGCUGCUCUGCUGCUGCUGCUACUGCUGAUAGCCCUGGCGGUGAUUCGUCACUCAAAUCCACCAUGGCCGGGCUCCUCACAGCCCUUGCACCGCGGCAGCUCUUCUCUCCCUCACACUCGGUUGAGUCACAUUCACCACAGUCACCACCACCCACCACCCCUUGCAUCCCAUGGCUGGUGUUCCAGGAUGAUGUGAUUGCAAGGAGGGUGGUGCUGCUGGCACACUCUAGACUCACGAGAACCCUAUUGGUAGAAGAUGUAGCAGUAGCAGUGGCAGCAGAUGCUGCAUCAGGAUUACACAGUGCACCAGCAGUAAACAGUACACAUGUCUUUGCAAGCGGGAGUAGUAACCCUAACCCUGGGGGUGGUAACCCUAACCCUGGGGGUGGUAACCACCCUGGGUAUGACGACAAUCCGUUGAUCCCUGUAGUCUUACGCCGACGGCUGCGAUUUCAGCGCCUUCCAAAUCUUAUCCAGUCUGAAGUCCCACUUAAUGUAGUCACAUCACAUUCUCCAACGCCUCCUCCUGUCUCCCCGCUCCAUAUAGUCACACCGCAUACACUCACACCUCCUCCUCUCUCUUCCCCAGGCUCUCCUCCUCCUCCUCCUCCUCAUUCCUCCUCCUCCCCGCCCGUCCUGCCAACCUGUUUUGCCCCCUCUUGCCCCUUCACUUCCCCUGUCCGUCUUGCUCCAGACUACUCCUACCUAACUCACAAGUAUCUCCCUCCUAUUCUUGCUGGUUUCCCCCUCGUUUCUCCUGCUCUUGAGGGAGAGGAGGAAGAAGAGACAGGGGAGGGAGAUAGGGCAGGAAGAGAGUGGAGAGAGUGGGAGAGGAAUGCGGAGCAGGUUUCAGCAGGGGGGAGAAGGGAAGGAGAUACAGGAGGCACAGGAGGCACGGGAGGCACGGGAGGCACAGGGUGCACAGGAGGAGAGGGGAGAAGGCAAGCAGUGCGAGUGCUCGUGUUGGGGGGAGGCGCUUUCACUCUCCCCAUUUUCCUGCAUUCACAUCGACCCGAGUAUCACAUUCAGGUGGUGGAGAUCGACCCCCUGAUGCACCGCAUUGCAAGAGAUUACUUUGGGCUCGGACACAACGAACGCCCGGAAGGAAGGAGAUGGACAGGGAUGCAGUCUGAAGAGGCACGAGUUAAGAGGAAGAGGGUGAGGGAGAGAGGGAGCGAGAGGGAGAGGGGGCCAAAGGGGAAGAGGGGAAGGGAGGGGGAAAGGAUGGGGGAAGGGGAGAAGGGGGGUGGCAUUCACACGCGCAUUGGAGAUGCGAGGACGUAUGUGAUGCAACUGGCCGUGCAAAUUCGAUCAGAGCAGCUGUCUAAUCUGCAUUUGCAAGGGACACAGGAGAAGGUUCAGUACGAGUCACUGGAGCAGCAGCAGCUACAGCAGGUCAAGGAGCAUCAUCACCAACAGCAGCAGCAGCAGCAGCAGCAGCAGCAGCAGCAGCAGCAGCAGCAGCAGCAGCAGCGGCGGCAGCAGGGGAGGAAGAGGCAGAGGAACGGACAGGUGUCAGAUUGCACUCAACAGCAGCAGGAAGGAUUGCGAGCAGUUACAAGCAGCCCACUCCUUUCCGAUUCCACCUCUUCUACACCCUCUUCUCUCCAAUUUCAUGUGGUCGUCCUCGAUAUAGACUCCUGGGACCCUCGUUCCGGCCUCAAUGCGCCUCCGAAAGAGUUCAGUACACCUCAAUUCCUCCUCGCACUUGCUACUGUAGUUCGACCAGACGGGCUCCUUGCUAUAAAUGUUGUUCCCUGGGCAGUUUCCGCCUACCAAACUUUUCUUGGGCAGCUGAGAAAAGCUUUCCCUAGGGGGGAAAUGUUUGAGUGUAUUGUGCCUGGGGAUGUAAAUAAGGUGGUGUUUGUUUUGCCUCAACCGCCAGGGGAUGAGGAUAGAAUGGCGUUUGUUGAGAGGUGGAAGGGGCUUGUAUCGUUAGAUAUUAUGCAAGGGGUGGUUCCAAUAUGAGUUAAUUCACUUCCUAACCUUCAAAGACUUAAAAAGCGAGCUGAGUAGAGCUAGCCACCAGGCACAAAUUUAAUAUCACUUGCUCGUUUCGCAGGCACAAGCUAGCGUACGUUGCGUUCGGUCAGACGAGGUUAGUAGGUGCGAGAGUGAGGGUGGGGAUAGAGGUCACUUUUGGGCCGACUCAAGUGGGGUUGGAGACAGACGACGGAGGACGUGGACGUGCCAAUUUGUCAGAGUGAGGGUUUGAGGUCUUGCUGAUUUGCUCGCCGCGUGAAACGCCGCACAUGGCGGGAUCGCACGAGCCAGCGCACGUGCUGCACGAGCUGACCGAAGCAGGCGAUCUCGAUCUUCUUUCCGCGAUCUUCGCCAGGCUGCCGUUCAAGACGCUUCUGGCCGCUUCGCAGGUGUGUUGCCUCUGGUCGCAGGCGAGCGAGCAUCUCUUUCAGAGGGAGUGCGAGAGGAAAGGGUGGAAACCACCCAGACGACCCCGAGGACAGACAGAACUGUCGUCCUUUCGCCCUUGCGACACGCCAAGCCCCCCCCCCCCGGCCCUGCUUCCUCCGACCCUGCUACACCUUCGGUUUCUGCUUCCAAGCAUUCUGAUUCUGCCCACCACCACCCCACAGCCGCAGCAGCUGACAAACCCUCUUCCACCAAACUCCGUGCCCCUCAAAAACUUCAAAAUCCACAAAAGAAGUUGCUUGUAUCGAAUCCGCAUGCGUCUAGAGACCUGUGGUUCCUGCUGUGCCUGCAGUGCACGCGCCUGCCAGGUGUCCAGCUGCGAUUGGUGCGGCUGAAUGCGUGCGUGGACACUGUUGGGAUAACAGGGUCGCGACUGGGAUGCAGGGAGCAAGAUCGUUCUGUGAAGAGGAAGAGGAAGCAGGAGAGGAGUGGGAGGAGGAGGGGAGAUCAAGCAGAAUACACUGCGUGAGAGAGGAGGGGGGAAGCAUUUCACUGCGUUUGUGGACGCCGUUGGGGUGACAGGGUCGAGAUUGGGAUGCAGGGGGUGGUUGCGAGAAGAGGAAGAGGAGGAAGCAGGACUGCGAUGGGGAAAUGCAGGUGUGUGUGGCACGUGGUGGGAGAAGGGGAGGAGAAGGAGAAAAGCAAAUAUUAGCAUUUUUAGUGCGAUUUGUGGAUACAGCUGGGGUACAGGCUACAGCGUACAGGGUUAAGGUUGGGGUGCAAGGCCAAGUGACUUGGGUGUUUGGAUUUGUAGUAACGUGGGAGAAGCAUGAGCACAGUUGACCGACGAGACGAAUGUGCUGGUGUUUUUGUGUUAGGUCGAUGGGUUUGAACGUGUUUCUUCCAGCUGCUCGUAAAGUCUUUUUCUAAUCAUUAAUGCA